GAAUAAGGCGGUACAUUUUUUGUUGUUGUUUUAGUGGGAGAAGUGUGCCAGUCGACAUCCACAACAUAGAAGGCGAUUUAUAAUAUACAAAGUGAUUGAGUUUUGGAGAUCAACAUUAUUACUGCGCUGAUUCGGCCGACUGAUAUUUGUCCAAGUGGGGAAGACGGGCGUUGUAUUUCACUUUUUCCUGAAUCCAUCAGUAGCUAUCCAAGGCCUCUAAAAAUAAUUAUUGACAUAUGGCAGAAGAUAUGUCAACAACAUCUAGACUGAGGGCAAAGGAGAGAAGAGCCCAUGGCGGGAUGGCAGAAGGCCUAGAGAGUUUGAGGAUGUCUAGCCAGUAUCAGCGAAGUGUUCCACUGGAGGUCAGGAGAGCAGAAGGGGAGAGAGUCCGCACCAAACAUCCGGAUAAAAUCCCGAUAAUAGUGGAGAGAGCUGCAAGGUCACGAGCUCCUGAGCUUGACAAAAAGAAAUACCUUGUUCCUUCAGACCUCACAGUCGGUCAGCUCUGCUUCCUGAUCAGACAGCGGGUGUCUAUGAGACCAGAAGAAGCGCUUUUCUUUUUUGUUAAAAAUUCCCUCCCUCCAUCCAGUUCCCCCCUGUCUGCAGUGUAUGAGGAACACCAUGAGGAAGACCUGUUCCUGUACAUGACAUACAGUAAUGAGAGUGUUUACGGUGCCUGAGACGGAGGAUGAAAGGACUGGAGAGAAGAGAUGGAGAAAGAUGACGCAUUAUUAUCCCAUGUUCAAUACAUUGUACCUAAAGAGGGCAUUGUUCAAUAAUGGGGACUAAAGGGUGCUGUUUGUAUUUAUCAGUAUUCGGGGGAAACUACAAUGUGAUGCAUUAAACAGAUUAUUAAAGCAUUAGGACACUAAAGAGAAAAUGGAAGGUCAAAAACAAAAAUAGAGAUACAUUUUUAAAAAAAGUAGUAAAGUAAGCAAGUUUUCAUUUCAUCUUUCUCUCCCAGGAGCGCAUCAUUUGUAUUUAAUGCAAAUAGGUUUUUGUUCUUGUUUUUCUUUCUUUUUUUUGUAAAGUAUUUUCAAUAACU